CUUCCUUGUUUUACUUGUGAGCACUAGUUCAUGGAAUUUCUUGUAAAGUAAUAUUUGAAUACUUAUCUGAAUAUUUAUUGUUAAAGAUUAUGCAUGAUGUGUUUAUUUUAUAUAACCCAUUCAAAAGUGGGUUAGCUUCCAUAUAAUUUGUGAAGAAUUUAUACAAUACGAAAAUAUUUAGUGACAAAAACUUAAAUGGCAAAUCUGUUUAUGUUCUGACGUAGACAGUACAAAUAUCGUAGUCCAUCGUAAGCAAAUCUAUACAGCGUCACAAGUCGAACCUAGCCGUUUUGCAAAAUUCCAAACCAUAUAAUGUCACUACUAGUUUCAUCUCAUCGAUCAGAUCUAAAUAUUGAUAUUCUCGAAAUGUACUUUGUGAUAUGGUUGUUGCAAAUCCAAAAUUUGGUAGCGUGGCCUUCCUGUCUUCUGAAUCUUUGAUUACUUAAAAGUCGAGUAUUUUAUUUUUCAUUCUUUAUUUUAUUUUGUCCGUAUAUUAAAGUAAUAUUAUGCCGAAAAGGUUAGAUGUACAUGAAAUAUGUAGAUCUUACUGAAUCUCUAUGAAUGGCAGAUUGUGAGAUAUUUCUAAAGUGAUUGCUUUAGAAUAUUCACAGAUAGAAGAUCGAAAAAUAUAAGAGUUUCACUAACUUUGUUAAUAAACAAAUGAAAAAGCCGCACCAGCGUAUGCAAACGCACCACUUCUCUUCCUUUCGUUCAUUUUAACAUAUCUACAGUCUACUGAAGUCUGAAACUGUGAAAAGCUUACAUUAUCAUGUUAUUUUUUUUUAAUUUCUGAGGAUGCUUAUGUGCUGUAAAUGAUUCUCCUCAUCUCAUGCAUCAUGGAAUGAUAGCAAGAAAAAUAGCUAAGGCUAAGUAGAAUAAUAAUAUUAUUGGUAAGUAAGAAUAUUAAAAUAAAAUAAACCUAACUAUUUUUUUUAAAUGAUCUUGUAGACAGACACUCUAGAAGAUAUUUGUGUUAUAUUUAAAAUCAUUCUCCAAAUCUAGAAAUAGUUUUGUCGAUAUUUAAAUCAUUUUCUAUAUAUAACAGAUGGAAUCCAAAUAUGUUAAUCAUUUAAAUGCAAAUCUAAAGAUCUAUCAUAUUUUAUUUUGCAAAUAAGACUAAAUUUCCUAUCAGAUGAUUAUUUUCAACCCAUUAACUAGUCUAAAAAAUCUUAUUUGGCUUUCAGUUAAGCAUAUAUAUAUUUUUAAUGUAAGUUAUCCUUCUUUCUAUAUUUAAACCUAAUUGCAUUUUAGCAAAUUAGCUUUUCCAAUAACUUUAUUUUGCCAAGUAACCUAAUUUCUAGUCAAUCUUUAGCAGAUUGAAAAGUUUAAACCUAACUAUUCCUACUUUAAUUAAAAGAACAAAAUAAAUAAACAAUCAUUAAUGAUAGGGAAUGAUAAGCAAAUGAGAGAAGGUGGAAGAUGACGUUAACUUGGGAUUGGCGCGAAAUAAGAAAAAGCUUGAAAAAGAGAGACAAAGUCUUUAUGAUUGGACGAAGAAACCAAAGCCUAUCUUCUUCUAUCACCAACGAACCUUCACCCUCUCUGUCGGUUCCUCUUCUUUUUCAUUUAUUACUACUUUAAUAAUCUGCACAAUAGAAACUCCCCACUCUUUGUUUUCUUGAAAGUUCUUAUCUUUCUCAAAGAACCCUGCUCAAACCGCUUGAAGAUUUUAUUCUUCAGGAGGGUUUUAACGACGUUCAUUAUCCACUAAACCCACUUGCAGUUGCUGAAUCUGGUCGGGAAAAGGAACUUUUAAGACAAAACUGCCUGAACACAUAGACCAUACUCCAUAGUGACUGGUUUGAUUUAAUAUCGAAAGUUGAGACAUUGAAUAGCAUCCCUCUCCAUGGAUGUUUUAGAGAGAAGGAUUUCAUCCUGCUAUGCCAAACCUCCAUGGAUAUUCAAAGGAAGUGCCUUAUACCAGAUUCAUCUUGUGAAGGCUGCGACUGCUCGAGCAUUCAUCCCUAAGGAGCUUCGAUUAGUUGAAGCUUUUGGAUACACUCUUGGUGGGUUUUUCCUCGCUAGCUACGAUGAUAGCCCAGCUGGUGUCUUCGAUGAGCUUGUGGUGAUUGCAGGAACUGUAUGGAACCCUCCUACAUCAUGCGCAUGGGCCGCGAGGGUGCUUGUAAACAGUGAUGAGGCGUGUCAUCACGGACGCAAGGAAGUAGGACUACCAAGCCAAGUUGCAAGAUUUUCAAAAAAAAUAACAGCAGUUCCAAAGGGGAAAAGGGAGAGAACUUUUGGUUUCUUGGACACAUUUAGGCUAGGAACUUCUCUGUCUCACCCUGAAGAUAUGGUGGAGGUUAAGGUUAGUGAAGUUGAUAGUGCUGCUUCUGCUGAUAUCUGCAGUAUCAAAUUUAGAUCAGAUGAAAUGGAGAAAAAACUCGGAAACUGGAUGGGACCAGCAAUUAAAAUGUCACUACCGAGUUUUAGUGGAAAUACAAAGUACUUUCCGAACCUGCUCAAAUACUCUUGCCAUCUCCAGUGCAGGGUGAGGCCGGUGAGACCUGCGGUAGUAUCACAUCCUUUGGACAAUGAGACAGAUUCAGAAGAGAAUCACACAUCACAAGAGUUGCAUGAAAAUGAAAGGCGGUUAAGUGUAGCUGUAAUGCUAUCAAAACCAAUCAUAGCCCUUGAAUUUAAAGACUUAACAAUGCAAGUAGAAGCUCCUGUCGUAGUUUAACACAACACUCAACUUCCAAGAACAUACACUUCCUUCCUACCACAAGGUUCACAUCUUUUACAACAACAAAAAUAAAACAAAUCUUUCCGCUUU